AUGGAAUCCCUUGUGAAUGUGAAGCUUGAUGUGUCUUGGCUCUUUGAGCGGCGGCUCCGCGGGUGGGGCGCGGCCGCCAGGCGGACCCGCGGCCUGCAGGGGGCGCCGCGGCGCAGGGCCCGGGGCGGUGGCGCCCCCGCCGCCGGGGCCCUGGGCUCCUCUUCGGAGGGCGGCGGGGCUUCGGAGCGCACGCCCCGCAAGAAGGAACCGCCGCGGGCCUCGCCGCCGGGCGGUGUGUCCGAGCCCUCGGCCGUCGGGGCCGCCCCUGCGCCCGGCGCCGAAACCACCGGCAUCGCCGAGACUCCUGAGGGCCGCAGGACCAGCCGCCGCAAGCGAGCCAAAGUCGAGUAUAGAGAGAUGGAUGAGAGUCUUGCAAACCUGUCAGAAGAUGAGUAUUAUUCUGAAGAAGAGAGAAAUGCUAAAGCUGAGAAAGAGAAGAAACUACCCCCACCACCUCCACCAGCUCCUGCAGAAGAAGAGAAUGAAAGUGAGCCAGAGGAGCCGUCUGGGCAAGCAGGAGGACUUCAAGACGACAGUUCUGGAGGGUAUGGAGACGGCCAAGCAUCAGGUGUGGAGGGUGCAGCUUUCCAGAGCAGACUUCCACAUGACCGUAUGACAUCUCAAGAAGCUGCCUGCUUCCCUGAUAUAAUCAGUGGGCCCCAGCAGACCCAGAAGGUGUUUCUGUACAUCAGGAACCGCACCCUGCAGCUCUGGUUGGAUAACCCAAAGAUUCAGCUGACAUUUGAAGCAACUAUCCAACAGUUAGAAGCACCUUAUAACAGUGACACAGUGCUUGUUCACAGGGUCCACAGCUACCUGGAGCGUCAUGGGCUGAUCAACUUUGGCAUCUACAAAAGGGUGAAACCCCUUCCAACCAAGAAGACAGGAAAGGUGAUCAUUAUUGGUUCUGGAGUCUCUGGGUUGGCAGCAGCUCGCCAGUUGCAGAGUUUUGGAAUGGAUGUCACAGUUCUGGAAGCCAGAGACCGAGUAGGAGGAAGAGUUGCUACCUUUCGCAAGGGGAAUUAUGUUGCUGAUCUGGGAGCAAUGGUGGUGACAGGACUGGGAGGAAAUCCCAUGGCUGUGGUCAGCAAACAAGUAAAUAUGGAACUGGCAAAGAUCAAACAAAAAUGUCCACUUUAUGAAGCCAAUGGACAAGCUGUUCCCAAAGAGAAAGAUGAAAUGGUGGAGCAAGAAUUUAACCGUCUGCUGGAAGCCACAUCCUAUCUCAGUCAUCAGCUGGAUUUUAAUGUUCUCAAUAAUAAGCCUGUCUCCCUAGGUCAGGCCCUGGAGGUUGUCAUACAAUUGCAGGAGAAGCAUGUGAAGGAUGAGCAGAUUGAGCACUGGAAAAAAAUUGUGAAAACACAGGAGGAAUUGAAAGAUCUUCUUAACAAGAUGGUGAAUUUAAAAGAGAAGAUUAAAGAACUUCAUCAGCAGUACAAGGAGGCAUCAGAAGUGAAGCCACCUCGGGAUAUCACAGCAGAGUUCCUGGUGAAAAGCAAGCACAGGGAUCUGACUGCACUUUGCAAGGAGUAUGAUGAAUUGGCAGAAACACAAGGAAAGCUGGAAGAGAAAUUACAAGAACUUGAAGCCAAUCCACCAAGUGAUGUUUAUUUGUCGUCAAGAGACAGGCAAAUACUUGACUGGCAUUUUGCAAACCUAGAAUUUGCUAAUGCCACACCCCUUUCUACACUGUCACUGAAGCACUGGGACCAGGAUGAUGACUUUGAAUUCACAGGCAGUCACUUGACUGUGAGGAAUGGCUAUUCCUGUGUGCCAGUGGCCCUGGCAGAAGGGUUGGACAUCAAAUUGAACACAGCAGUUCGACAGGUUCGCUACACUGCUUCAGGCUGUGAAGUGAUAGCUGUGAACACCCGAUCUACCAGCCAGACCUUCAUUUACAAGUGUGAUGCUGUGCUGUGCACUCUGCCCCUGGGAGUGCUGAAACAGCAGCCCCCAGCAGUGCAGUUUGUGCCACCUCUUCCUGAGUGGAAAACUUCUGCAGUGCAGAGGAUGGGGUUUGGCAACCUGAACAAGGUUGUGUUGUGUUUUGAUCGUGUCUUCUGGGAUCCCAGUGUCAAUUUGUUUGGCCAUGUUGGGAGCACUACUGCAAGCAGAGGAGAACUUUUCCUCUUUUGGAACCUGUACAAAGCACCGAUUUUGUUGGCCUUGGUAGCAGGAGAAGCAGCAGGGAUCAUGGAGAACAUCAGUGACGAUGUCAUUGUCGGUCGCUGCCUCGCCAUCCUCAAGGGCAUCUUUGGCAGCAGCGCUGUGCCCCAGCCCAAGGAGACCGUGGUGUCCCGCUGGCGUGCUGACCCCUGGGCCCGGGGAUCCUACUCCUAUGUAGCUGCUGGAUCCUCUGGAAAUGACUAUGAUUUGAUGGCUCAGCCAAUUACUCCAGGACCAGCCAUUCCAGGUGCUCCACAGCCCAUCCCGCGGCUGUUCUUCGCGGGCGAGCACACCAUCCGCAACUACCCGGCCACGGUGCACGGCGCGCUGCUGAGCGGGCUGCGCGAGGCCGGCCGCAUCGCCGACCAGUUCCUGGGGGCCAUGUACACCCUGCCCCGGCAGCCCACACCCGCCGUGCCCCCCCAGCAGGCUGCCAGCAUGUGAGGGCAGCUGCAGGGGCACAAGAGGAGCUGCGGUGCUGCGCGUGCGGACCCUGCGCUGGAGCUGCUGGAGUAGUUUGUAGCUGUGUCUGCCAAGAGGAGCCCGAGUCGCUGUGCGAGCCUGGUCUGAGAAUGGCCUGACAGAAGCUUGCCACACCUUUGGCUUGGCAGCCUUUUGCAAAGGCUCGGUGUAAACCAAACCCUUUACUGCACAGGGACUUUGACUCUGCAGAUACUUCUUGGAAGUCAAAAUAGCUGGAGGGAUUUUUAGGGUGUUUGGGUUUUUUUUUUCUACCUAUGUGUGUAUUUGCAAUUUGGUAAUUGCACAAGGGCCUCUAGAAGCUGGUUGCUAUGAAUACUAGCUUAGUGUAGAAUGUAUGUAAAUUUCUUUGUGUUUUUUUUUAUGGCUUUGUUUUGAAGAGUAAUAUUUUUGACCAAUUCUAUUCCUGUCUGGUAUUCAAGAAUUUGGGGCAACUGUUUGCCUACCUGUAGCAAAUCACACCUCUCCAAAAUGGUCCAUUGGCUGCUACACCACCUGCAUUCUGCUGUAGAAUAACCUGGUAUCACUGAGUAUGCCAAGCAUACUGGUUUAUUAAAUACUUCCAACAAAAGAGAAGGUACUGAACCGUG